AGUGUUACAGUUCUCUGGAUUGGUCUGAGCAAAGUGAAAACAACACCAAAGAACACAAGGAAACUUUGUUUUGGAGGCAGUAUAGUGACAGCUUUAAAAAAAAAAUUUUUAAAAAACUGAAAAGGAUAAGGGAAAUUUGUUCUGAUCACGCCAUUACUAUUCACUUGUAACAGGAAACUUUCCACGAAUAUUUUUCAAGGUUUCUUUGGGCUUCUCGGAUAUUUAUUUAUUUAUUUUAAUUUUUUUGCAUUUGGAUUAGCCAGUUCCGCGCUGAGGUGGUUGAAUGUCGACAACAUUCAUUCUCUUCGGGGAUUUUACUUAUCUCUGGGUCUGAUCGCAUUUCUUUGAAAAUUGCGUGCAAUGUGAAGAAACUUUACUAGCUACACUAACUUGUAAGAGUAAUGUUGGCCACCGGAGGGAUCUACGCUGUCAAAAAACGAAAGAAGCCGAUACAGAAAAUCCCAAAGCCCCCACCCACAGAUGGAGUCAAAUCGAACCCGUCUAAGCGACAUCGGGACAGGCUGAACUCUGAGCUGGACAAGCUGACCAGCCUGCUGCCGUUCUCGGAGGAUGUGCGCGCGCGCCUCGACAAGCUCUCUGUGCUGCGGCUCAGCGUGGGUUAUCUCAAAGUCAAGAGCUACUUUAAUGCCACCAUGAAGAAGAACAAUGUGGGCUGGCUCAGGGAGAAGCCAGGGACUUUCGGAGGGGACGGACAGAGCGUGCCUCAGACUAACGGAACCAGCUUCUCUGAAGGGGACCUCCUGCUCCAGGCUCUGAAUGGCUUUGUCUUGGUAGUCACAGCAGAAGGAUAUGUUUUCUAUUCGUCACCUACCAUACAGGAUUAUCUUGGCUUUCACCAGUCUGACGUGGUCCAUCAGAGUGUGUUUGAGCUGAUCCAUACAGACGACCGGGCUAUGUUCCGGCGCCAGCUUCACUUCGCCCUCAAUCCUAACUCAUUUGAAUCUGAGCAGGGCACGGAACUCAUGCAAAGUGGCAGCAAUAGCACCGGGCUUUCCAACAUUGUGAACUAUGACCCCCAACUCAUUCCACCUGAAAACUCAUCCUUCCUGGAGAGAAGCUUCUGCUGCCGCUUCCGCUGUCUCCUUGACAACUCUUCUGGCUUUCUGGCACUCAAUUUCCAAGGCCGGUUGAAGUUCCUCCAUGGGCAGAACAAGCUAUCGGAGGAUGGCACUCUGGUCCCCUCUCAGCUGGCUCUAUUUGCCAUUGGCACACCCCUCCAGCCUCCUUCCAUUCUGGAGAUCAGGACCAAGACCCUCAUCUUCCAGACGAAGCACAAGCUGGACUUCACACCUAUGGGAUGUGACACCAGAGGGAAGGUGGUCCUGGGUUACACAGAGACUGAGCUCUGCAUGAGAGGCACCGGGUAUCAGUUUAUUCACGCAGCCGAUAUGAUGUACUGCGCAGACAACCAUGUCAGAAUGAUUAAAACAGGAGAAAGUGGCCUCACAGUAUUCAGACUACUGACCAAGAACGGAAGCUGGGUUUGGGUCCAGGCAAAUGCUCGCCUUAUUUAUAAGGGAGGAAGGCCAGAUUUCAUCGUUGCCCGUCAAAGAGCCUUGUCAAACGAAGAAGGGGAGGAGCACUUGCGCCAGCGGACAUUGCAGCUUCCCUUCAACUUCGCCACCGGAGAGGCGGUCCUUUACGAAACCGGUUCUACUGGGGAUGACUUCUCUAACAUCUUUCCAGCCACAAACAAGAAGGGUGCUGAACAGAAGAGCAUUGAUCCCAACUCUCUUCUGGGUGCCAGGCUGAAGCAAGAUCAGUCCAUCUACGUGUCGCAUGCGGCCUCCGUGCCCCAGUAUUCCCUCGAUAAAGCCAUGGAUGACACCACGAUUGUUAAUGUCCUGGGUGACCCCUGGAUUCCAGGAAACCACAGACAGAACGCCAACAUUAAGGAGGAAAGCGAGACCUUGGCCAUGAUGGAGGCUUUGGAGAAGCUCUUCAAUGGAAAUGACCUCCAACAUGUUGAUGGGCUGGAGCUAAAGCACUGGGAGGAAACCUUGUUCAAGAUGGAUAUUAACAACAGUGAAAUGUCCUUAGAGCUCAAUGAUAUCCUUAACAAUGACAUAUUUGCCUAUGUUGAGGAUGCCUUGUUCAAAGAGCAAUGCAAACCCAACAACAACGGGAAAGAUAAUGGCCGGUCUUCUAUCAACUCCCUGGCCAACCAGAUGGAUUCCAUUGGAGUUGUACAGCCAAAUUUAUUUGAAGGCCAACUUCUGAAUGGCUUUGUUGAGCAGUUUGGCAAACAAACAUGCUCACAGCUGCCACAGGAUCAAACCUUACAGGACUUCCAGAAGCCGCCUUUGCAAUCUUUUCAGGCCACCCAGAUGGAUCUAAACCAGCAGUUGCUAUCAGCCCAUCAGAUAAGCACCCAGCCCAACCAAGUUGGAAUGGAUGAGCCCAGUCUGGAAGGCUUCCAAGGCUUUCUGCAGGCUGGUCCUCAAAAUCACAUAGGACUGAAUGUCUCAAAUGACAUGCAGCCCAGGCUUCAACAACAGUCACCUGCCAAUCUGAACACCCCAAACUCCUUUGUUCACUUCAGCUCCCAAGACAGCAUGGAGCUCAAUGCUAACAGUCAACUGCAGUUUGGCCAGACGCUGGCUGGACCCUGUGCACAGAACCUCAUGGGACACAGCUUGCAGCAGAAUGCAGUUGGCUCCCGGGGUUUGUUUGACCACGGGCAGCCACAGAUACCCCAGAAUAACAUGGACGGUUACUCUCAAAACCAAAUAACACCAAACCCCCAGGCCAACAAUGGCCAGCCCAACCCACUGGCUCUCCAAAGCCAACUUCAGAAGUCCCAGCUGAUGCCAGCACAGCAGCUACUGAACCCUAUGUCUUCUACUGAGGAUAGUCAAUGGGUCACUUCCACGUCCAACACUAACUACACCCAGAACCAUCAGCAGGUGCCCAUGUCGGCCCAGAAUGAAUUACAAAGGGAUCUGCUAUCCCUGCCCCAGAACACUUUGAUGAUGAAUCAGCUACCAAAACAGCACCACCAUCAAGCAAAUUUAGUGCAGAGAAUGCAACAGUUGCAGCCGCAAGCGGUGACCCAAAAUGGACAGCUGUACCCCACUGAGUCACACCAGGAAAGAGUACUGGGUGUUCAACCUAUAGUGUCUUAUAGCCAAACCCAAGAACUUCAAAGCAUCCCCCAAAUAAGUUCUCUGUUGGCUCAGAACAGUCCGUUUCAACAGUGUGGGUUGGGCUUCGGACCCCAACAAAUAAGCAAGGUCUAUCAGACCCCUGUGGGAUCAGCAGGCCUCCCUUCGACAAGCAGCUGCAUGUUCAAGAGCAAUUCCUCUCCCCCGAUGAAUGGGGUGCAGUUCAGCAGUAUGGAACACUCUACCCCUUCUUGCCUUAAUAUAAAGCCGCCCCCCAACCAAAUCCCCCUCCAGGCAUCCUGCUACUACCAGACGAAGCCUAGCGAACCCAUAGUGGGCACUACAGUCAUUGCUCAGGACGACAUCAGCAUCAGCCCUCCGUCAUGCCAGUUCCAGCCUGGCUUUCCUCCUGAGAUUCUCCUGGAGCAGUGCUUUAUAAACUGCAAUGGGCAGACUCCGCAACCAGGCCAUCCAAUGGAAGAAAAUGGAGAGUUACCCUAUACUGCACUUCCUAACGGAAACACAUAUUUCCCAAAACAUUCUGGACAAGCCAACUGCUGUGAUUACUAGAUGGAUAUCACUGUGUGCAGCAUUUUAGAGCACAAAAAAAAGCACACAGCCACGUGAAAUCAACAAUUGCCUUAAGAAAUUAUUAUUAUUAUUAUUAUUGGUGGUUGUUCCUUUUUGCUGUGGACAGUUUCACCCUCAGAAAGAUUUCUCUCUUUUUUGGGCAAAAUUCUGCUGAAUCCAAAAGGGAUACUUAGAUGUCAUUCCCAAGUAUUUGAAAGGAGUCCAGCAUGUUGAUUUUAUUAUAGACUAAAGUUUUUGGUAUAAGAAAAGCCAUCAGAAGAAAUGAAAUCUUUUGUCAAGUAAAUGUGGCUGGAUGAACUAAUGCUGGCGUGUGCAUGGUGAUUUUCACAUUCAAAACAGACUGGAUUAUAUUCUAUAAUCUCAUUUUGCUAAAUGAAAGCAGCUCCGCAGAGGGUAUGUAUUUGUCUCAGCAUUCUGAAAAACCUACGGUAGGGUCAAAAUACCAGAAUCACGUCCAAUAUUUGGUGAAUAAUAUAAUCACAAAACCAUAGCAACAACAAAGGGUUCAUAACACCAGAAUGACCUUUACUGCAGAAAUUGGAAGCAAUUUGGAGGAAACCCCAAAACAGGGUUACACAUGCAAGAGGCCCUGCUCACUAUCUUACAGUGGUUUGGAUUGUGAAUGUAGCCUCUGUUCCCAUAUAUCUAAUCAUAUUACUCUCAAUGCUAUUGUAACUAUCAUGUGUAUGCUUCAGCUUCAUUUUGUUUGUACAAAAAAGCCCACCCUUUUUAUAUUUUGUAUGCAUUUUAUUGAAAUGAUUAACUUGUGCCCUUGAGCCAUUGAAACUCUAUUGUAUGGUAUUUUCUUCUUUUGUUGUGUGAGUGAGCGUGUGUGUUUUUGUAUAUGUGCUCUCAGUUAGCAGUCAAGAAGGAGGCACCCUGGCCAAACAUUAAAAAUGCAAUAUCCCUUGGAUUCAAAGCCCAGGGAAAAUCCGUGUGAAUUUUCUUUCUCUUAAAAAAAAAAACAAAAAAAAACGAUGUGCUGAAAAAUGUGCAAUUUUUCUUUUAAACUUUAACGCACAAACAUCCCAUUUAAUGAUGCUUUUAGCUUUGCUUUUUUAAUUCUUGAUUAUAAAAGAACCAGAAUUAAUGGGAAAUGUGAAUUUUGAAAUAUCAUAUUUUUCUAGCUGUGGAUCCGACAUUAUCUAAUAAAACACAGCUUCUGUAGAAGGUCGGGCAGUUUUUUCCUGGUUGCUGGAAUCAUGGAAAGGUGAUUGGAAGGGAGUUGCAAAGGAUGCUGGACAAUGAAGUUCUAAUUUCCCUUUGAAAGAAACAAGCACUUGUCUAAGAAACAGGGUUGUUUUAUAGCCAAAUAUUUCAGAUAAGCAAAUAAAAAAUCCACAAUAAAUAAGACCUGACAUUUUUUGUAUAGUGCUCAAUGUGGAGUGUCCUAUUAUAUGUCAAUGAAGACAGAUAUCGAUUAUUAUUAUUGGGUUUUGUUUUUGAGGAGAUGAGAGAUGCACGUACAGAUGUACACUAUAUAGUAAGAUUAUAUACCCUAAUAAUCUGUUGUAACAUAGAUCAUUGGCACAGGAUAGUCUUUGCCAGGAAUGCCAUUAACGUACACAAAUGAGAGCUAAUAUAUUUACAGGUAUUGCAAACAGUGGAUUUAGCUGGACAGUGAUUUGUAGUUCAGGCUUUGAAGUGGGAAUUGCAUUUUUAAUGUAACUGAUUUUAUGUACCACCUUUAAAGCUAAUACAACAAAGCAAAUAUAUAUAUUUUUUUUAUUUAGUCAUUGCCAAUUAUUUUUUAUUAUUUUCUCCCAAUUUGGAAUGGCCAAUUAUUUUUAGGCUCAGCUCACCACUACCACCCCUGUGCUGACUCGGGAGGGCGAAGACGAACACACGCUGUCCUCCGAAGCGUGUGCCGUCAGCCGACCGCUUUGUUUCACACUGCGGACUCACCAUGCAGCCACCCAAGAGCUACAACAUCGGAGGACAACGCAGCUCUCAGGCAGCUUAAAGGCAAGCCUGCAGGUGCCCGGCCAGACCCCGCCCCCCCUCCCGGGCGACGCUUGGCCAAUUGUGCACCGCCCCCUGGGAGCUCCUGUCCAUGGUCGGCUGUGGAAUAGCCUGGACUCGAACCGGCGACGUCCAGGCUAUAGAGCUCAUCCUGCACUCCAAACAGAGUGCCUUCACCGGAUGUGCCACUCGGGAGCCCCCCAAAGCAAAUAUUUUAUAGGUUUUUUUUUCUGUUUUGUUUUUUGAGAAGGAAGCUGAAGGUUGUGGUCUGCAGUUAGACAGAGAUGUAAAAUGGCAGCUAUUUAAGGAAAGAUUAAAAAGUGCUUUACACUACAGAGCAGAAGAUUUGCCGAGGCUAGUGUUGGUCGGAUUGGAUGUAAACAUACAUAAAAGCUGGUGAAAACGAGUGUGACAACUAGAAAUAUGAGCAGAUUACUUACAGCGCCUAGUCAUAUAUCUAGAAAGACGCUGCCUGUCAAAGAUACAGUCGGAGUUGAAGAGUCAUGCCUCAAAUGCUUUCAGGGAGGAUUGGUCACUGAUACCUGUUGGUCAGUCAAUAGCAAGUUAAGGAAAUGAUAAAUAAGAAUGAAAAAUAAUCUUUUUGCUGCCCUGCAUACAAAUAGUAUGCCCUCGUCAUUACUUCAUGUACAUCUAAAAGCAUUUUACAACAAUUUAAAAUAGUCAUUAAGUCAUAGUCAUUCCGGCCCAUUUCUUUCUCCACUGUUGCACGUAUCUGUAUAACAGCUUCAACGUAAUCUCAUUUAUUUUGGUAUUUCAUGGAAUAAUUGAACAGACUCCAUAGAACAUGGUUGCAGGAUCAGAUCUUUCAGAUUCAUAACCUGGUAGCUUGUGGAACACCGAUGCUAGCAGAGUUCUUAUGACAGAUGAAAUUACACUGUGCUGUAAUUCUGAUAUAACUAGAUAACUCAUGUUGAGCUUAACAUAUUUUAAUCGCUAAGAAAGAUGUCAUAAGAUAUUAAAGACAUUUUAUUUGUAUUAAAAAUAUAAAUAAAACAUUGGCAUUAAGAUUUGCAGAAAUGGUAUACUGGUAUUACCACUUGGCUUCAUAUAUUUCCAGAUUCUUUCCAUAGUUUCAAGGAAUAAGUCUAUACUUGGUCUUUUUUCAUAAUUCAAACAUUAACUUAAAUGAUGUACAUAAGAGUCAUGAAUGCAAAUGAACAACGACUAAUUACCAAAUAAUGUUUUUAAAGAUGUAAUAUAAUGUGCACUGUAUUGGCUUUCUUAAUAUCUAGGGUGAAAUGUCCUUUUUCUUACAUUAAUAAACAAAGUGCAUCAAAAAUAUUACACCACAACUGUAAAAAAAAAAUAAAAAAAAAUAAAAGGAUUUUAUAACAGUCCAAUGUAUUUUUUGAAUACUGACAUUAUUGUGUUAAUGAAAAAUAUCAAUGAAAGCAACCCUAUUCAAUUGAAUUGUUUAUUUAUUAAACUGGAAGGACAUACCAAAAUGUCUAUGUCAUCUCCAAGAGACAGAUGCACAAAACCAAAAAAAGGACAAUUAAAUAGUUAAAAUAAAAUUACAGCAAAUCCCAUUCUACUGAUAAUCAUGGACUAAAGUUGGUAAACUUCUAGAAAAGGAUGAACUUUGUAAAAAGAAGGGUGUAAGUUUGAACAUGCAGGCAUUUCUGACAAUUGCAUUAAAAUCAAUACCCGUUUGGAUUUUAAUAUUGGACCAUUAUUGGCCAUUUUAACCAAAUUGUACAUUAUCAAUAGUUACAAUUCAGUAAUCAUUUUCUGAAUUUUACUCCAAAUGUCACUAAUUCAAAUGGGAAAAUAUGUGGCAUUAUGUAAACACCCAAAUAUAAGUGUUUCUGUGCUGUGUUAUUAUAUCCUAAAACACCCUUAGAUUCUGGCACAAUCUGGUACCAAUAUAAAAUGAAAUUAAAAAAAAAAAAGAAUUGAACUGGC